AUGACAUUCUCCAUCAUGUACAACGGAGCCGAAGAAGCCCGCAUCAUGCCCACUGGCAGAGAUCUGGCUCUUGGUGAUCUUGCGGAGCACUUCUAUGGCGAUGUCGAGAUUCCAGACAGUAUGGAAGACGAAGUCAAAGUUUUCGUUCGAGCCUUUUUCAAUUGGUUCCGCCUUAUGCAUCUGGUUGGCAGCGGACAGGGAUAUCUCCUUGACAAGACUCAACGACAAGCCUAUCAUAUGCUGCUGGACUGGUGGGCCGGGACCUACUGUGACCCCCAGGCUUGCGUCUAUUUCCUCCUUUCCAAAUUGGCACCGAUUCUAUCCAGGCUUGAUUUCUUGAACGAUGAUAUGCGGCUUCGUUGGUCGUAUCAUGAGAAAAAUGGCAACAUGAUCUACAAGGAGCUUGUGAAAGCCGACCUCUGCGUUGUGCUUUCGGAACAAGAGAAAUUCUCCCAUCCUAUCGUCGGACAACUCGAGAAAUGCGUCUCGUCUUUCCUCGAGUUUCUGAACCAUCGCCAUGACACAGUUACGAGAACCGUCAUGGCUCUGAGAGGAGAACAGUUUGCAGAGGAGAGUAUGCCUGCCGAAGAGAUAUCUGAUUAUAACUGGACAAUGUGGCGUAUUUUCCAAUCGCAAUUCUGCGGCGUCAAGGUCGGAGAGCCCCCCCGAGAGUGGCACAUUUCGGCCGGACAACGGUAUUAUCGCGACACUGAGUUCUUGGUGCUGCGAAAUCGCGAGCGGGGACGGCAUACACGCAUUGAAGAGUGCAAAUUAUCGUCUGAUGAGUCUGAUGAUGGUGUUGAGAAGACGUAUCUUCUUAGGCCUCUGGAAUCUGACCGGCUGGUGCCCAGUAACUCGGCAGAUUUCAUGGAGAUUUGUCUGUCAGAAGCGACCAACUUUGAAUGGCCCGAGAUCCAGGCGCGAAACUUGCUCACUGCCAACAUCAUUCCAUAUGUGGAUAACGGGCUCGAGAUCUAUCGCAACUACCCCCAGUACCUCUGGAAUCGGAUGAGUGCGACGUUGGUAAAGACGUCAGCUCUUGUUCGCGGGGGUCCGCCGCCAGACUAUACGGCCAUCAGCCAUCUCGGACGUCGCCAAGAAGUUGGACAGAGUCACAUCAUUCCAAAGGGCUGGAAAUACCCCGUGUCGUCCGUUGACAAGUUCAAGGUUGAGGAUCUGGUGAGGGACUUGCAGCAGCUUCAAGGCAUCAUUGACACAGAAUACAUAUGGAUGGACCUCCUGUGCCUGCCGCAGUGCGAGGAGGAUGACGAGCAGGAUACUAAUGGACAGGAUUUCCAGCUGAAGUUGCUCGAGAUUUCGCGGCAGAAUGUCAUUUUCCACAAGGCGGAGAUGGUGGUGGAUUGGCCUCACGAGUCGUUGGACCUGUCCAGCCUGAUGGGGAAGAUCAUGGUGCGUACUACUAGUACCUAAGGAUAUGUUAUCAAGGCGUAGGCCCAUGGAAGGAAGCAGUUAGUUACCUUGAGCGCUGAAAAUUCAAGCCUCUAUUUCCCUUGCCAUUCCUACCUACCUACCUCUAUACUCUAUUCUAUGGACAAAAACGCCUUUCGCCUUUCUCCUCCCAAUCCAGCACCACUAUUCUCAAAUUCACGAGAAAGUUGGCUACAAUUAAAAAAAAGAAAAAUCUUCACGGCAUCAUAGACAAAAAGAUGCAUGAAACAGCAACAGCAACAAUCAUAAAAAUGCAAACAAGUCAACUGAAUUUGUGCAAUGUCCGAUAUGCCAUACCUUCAUACAGACCCAGCUCUCCUCCCUUUGUUAUCUCAGGUAGAGGAAAAGCAUGCCCGUAAAAAAGGCUGUUAAAAUACAAAAAAUUGCGUCAAAACAAAUCCCUCCUUUUUUUUUUUUUUUUUGGUUGUGUGAAUUGUUGUUCAUAAGGUUUCCUUUUUCCUACAGCACCUGACAAAAAACAAAGGAAGAAAAAGGAAAAAGGAAAAAGAUGGGAAUAUGUAACGCUCAUCUUUUUUUUUUUCUGGCAACUUUUGGCAUGAUAACUUGGCUUGCGUGAAAUGCAGUCUUUGCGCCUUGAUGAGUAAUUGACUAUAAAAACGGAUAAUAAGAAAAUUUAUAGAUAGAGAGAGAGAGAGAGAGGUCUGCAUUCGAUAAGAAUGACGCUUGCAUAAAAGACAGUAUGCUGAGAACAGUUGGAAUGCUCAUCGUGCCAGUGACAGUUUUAUCUUUUCAAAAAAGUCAUCUAUGACAGCCUGGAAAAUCGAUCUGAGAGCUUCAAAAGAUUAUCCGAGAGAGACAAUGAAAAAAAAAAGGAAAAAAAAAGAAAGAAGAAUCGUUCAGAGUCAUAAGAAAGUCUUCCGUUAGAUGUAUGGUCGUCACGUUUGGGAGGCAGGCGAGAGGAUUUGGAGAAAGAGUCAAGAGGUUGAUUAAUAAUGCAUAGUCGAUUGAACAAGAAACUUUAUGCCCGAGAGCGCGUAGAGGCUAGGGGGGUAUUCAAGGCAGAUUGUCCACUAACACUGGAGUGGUUAUGAUGGUUGUAGCUGCGGCUUCUCUUGUUGUGGUGGUGAAGCGUUCCGACAUCGUGUUUGCC